AUGAAGAUAUAUUUAAUUGGAUUCACUUUGUUCUUCAUAGCAAAUUCAGUCACUUUAUAACUAGGCAGUGUGUAUCAGUGUUCAUGCGAGAAUCUGUUACAACAAGCAGAUUGCUUAAGCGAUUAUUGCACUUGGGAUCCUAACGGGUCGACAUGUUCAAACAAAGCAUGCUCAUCAUUCAGCAAAAAUGAUUGCCAAGGAGUUCCAGACCCAUUUAACUGUAUUUGGAAUUACAAAACUAGUAAGUGUGAGGAUUUCACAUCAUGUUCUGAUUAUUCAUACAAAACCACAGAAGGAGAUUAUUGUUAUGAAUUGAUAAAAUGUUAAGUAGAUGCCGACACAAUCGAUUUAACAGCUGGAACUGUGAAAUGUAUGGAUAGAACAUAAGAAUCCGCUUUAAGUAUCGGAAGUUGCGAUAAAAUACCUUAUAGUGAAUGUAACUGGCUUGUAACUAGCGAUGGUAAACAAUGUGUGAAGAAUGUUUCAGCCUAAACUUGUGAAACCAAAACAAUAACUCAAUGUUCUGAUUAUACAAGCAUAGAUGUUUGCAACACUAAUUCCUGCUACUGGGGUGACACUUGCAAACCAUUAAGUUGUUCUAUUUUGCCAGAGAGUUCUUGUAUGUUAUUUUUCUCACUUGAUGCAAAAUAAGUUACUUUUUGUAAAUGGGAUGGAACCAAAUGUUCAGAUUUAGAUACCACAACUUUAACGUAAACCUAAUGUUUAGCUUAUACCCUUUAUUCUUAUGCUUGGAAUCCAGAUACCAAGAAAUGCGAAAUUUGUCAAGAGCCCGAUUCUAGCUCAGAAUUCAUCCUUUAUGGAUCAAUCUUGUUGGCCAUUAUGUUAAAUUGA